AUGGAAGCUGAAACACCGGGGCCCAGUGCCGCACGAUCGAAGGAUAAAUCGCCCGAUGAACAAAUCCAGGAUGCCUUGGAGUCCAUCUUGUCCAAGAAAAACUUGGUGCGAGACCAGUUCUUGGCCAGCAAGAUGAACCCACAGAUGUGCGCCGCUGGCCGCGGAGUUGCAGCUGCAGCUGCAAAGUCCAAGCGCUUGGGCGUGGACGACCAGAAAACCAUGGUACGACCAGUGCUCAAGUCCAAGCGAAAUGUCGUUAUCCUCCGUGAUCUGCCAGAGGGCACGACGGAGGAAGACAUCAUGGCACUUCUCGCAUCUGGGCCGUACGCCGAAAACGUUGUGAGUGUCAAGCCAGAGGUGAACAACACCUGGUUUGUGAAGUUCAAUGUGGACGACGGCGCCCAAGACGUCGUUCUUUGGCUACGUGACCAAUCCUUCAAGGGGAAGCCCCUGAACGCCGCCAUCAAGUCGGAACAUUUCCUCCGCAGCUUCUUCCCAGUGAACGCCAAUCUGGGCUUCGUGCCUCCGGGGCAAGAUAUUCCUGCCAGGCUGCCCCCGACGGAAGGGGAUGGCAUGGGCAUGCCGGACAUGCUUCCAGGCUUCCCUCCGGCCCAGCCUCAGUUCGGAGGGAAGGGCAUGGGCGGCUGCGGCUACGGCGACUUCAUGGGGCCACCCCCGGGCAUGCAUCCCCUGGGGAUGAUGCCGCCGGAGGUGCCCAUGAUGCAACCGCCGCAGUAUGGGCUUCAGGGCCCAGGCUUCUGGAAGUCAUGGGGGUCUCGCUUCAAGCAGCCGCCGCUUGUGCUGCCUGCCAAUGGUCUGGAGGCGCUCCAAGACCAAGUGUUGACACAGAAAACCCUGCUAUGGAACCCGAAGCCCUGCAGUACCUACUAA